AUGACCUCUGUCCACGGGAAAACAUUCCUCAUCACCGGUGGUGCUUCGGGCAUCGGCCUGGCAACCACGUCAGCUCUGCUCGACGCGGGUGCACAGGUAGCGGUUUGUGACAUCAGUCAGGAAGGGUUAUCGAACUUUCUCAACUCUCUCGAGCACAACCAACACAGCAGAGCAUUUGCCCAAAGAGUUGAUAUUACCGACCGAGAAUCUGUCAAGGCAUUUUUCCAAGAAGCCAAAGAUAGGUUUGGCAAAAUCGAUGGUUGUGCCAACGUUGCAGGAACAGCAGGACGGAGACUGGGCCAUGAACAGAUCUGGGAAGUUGACAACAAGCAGUAUGAUUUUGUCAUGGAUAUCAACGUUCGAGGCCUCUUCAAUGUGCUGGUAGAAGUAAUGAAACCUGGUUUCUUAGAGGAGCCAGGUACCUUUGUGCAUGUGUCUAGCAUGUACGGCCAGCGGGGAUUUCCAAAAGGAAGCAUAUACAGUGCCAGCAAGCACGCUGGAAUUGGCUUAGUCAAGAGUGUUGCAAUAGAAGUAGGCAAGCGAGGGAUCCGUGCGAAUAUCGUGACGCCGGGCCCGAUUGAUACACCUAUGCUCCAGAUGAAUCAGGAACAUAGAGGUGAAGGAACGGCUCCAGACGUUCCAUUAGGAAGGCUUAGCAAGUCGUCCGAAGUUGCGAAUGCAGUGCUCUUCCUUCUGAGUCCAUCUUCAAGCUAUGUUACGAGAGCCACCUAG